CUAAAGAUCGCUACUGUGUCGCGGCGACUUCUUCGUGUCAUUCGUGCCUCGUGCAACGAUAUGAGUUGGCACAAAAUAAUCUGAAUGCAUGUACAAGUACAAUCAUAUGUCAUAUGAUCAGUUAAUAAAUAUUAAUGGAUUGAUGAGGCGAGUGCUUUUUACCGACCGUUCUGAAUAACUCCUAAUUGUUCCUCGUCACAUUCCAUGUGCAUCCACGCCGCAAGAUAAUACUGAGCAAGUUGUGUAUGCAGCGGCAAUAUGGCUAAGAAUUUGAUUAAAAAAACAGCGUUAUUGUUAUUUACUCAAGAAUGUACGAACGAGUAUUUGGACAAAUUCAAUUUCCUUCACGCCGCAUGUUUCAAGGCGACAGUAAGCAAACUUUUAGGACUGAGCAUCGUUGGAGGUUCUUUACUUGUCAAGGUACCUCAAAUUGUGAAAACUAAAAACAAGAGCGGUGAAGGAAUCAAUGUCUUCAGUGUAUUGUUGGAUUUAUUUGCCAUUACUGCAAUGUUGUCUUAUAGUUUUAUGAGGGGGUUUCCAUUUAGUGCCUGGGGAGAUGCAGUAUUUUUAGCAGUUCAAACUUUGAUUAUUGCAGUCUUAGUAAUGCAUUAUAAUGGAGAAACAGUAAAAGCCACUGCAUUCCUAACUGCUUAUUUAGCAGUGCUUUUUGCAGCUAACAGUGGACUAACGCCUAUCCAUGUCCUUUUGGCAUGUCAAACAAUGAAUAUACCUAUUGUUCUAAUUAGUAAGUUUUCACAAGCCUACACAAAUUAUUCCAAUGGAAAUACCGGCCAAUUAUCAGCGGUAACAUGUUUCAUGCUCUUCUUCGGUUCUCUCGCGAGAAUUUUUACUUCCAUCCAAGAAACAGGCGACACAGCUAUGAUAACAAUGUAUAUGUGUUCUACACUAGCAAAUGGUGUAAUAGUGGCGCAACUUCUUUACUACUGGGACGUAGAUAUAAAGAGCAAAGAGAAAGUUAAGAAGAAAGAAUAAAAUAAAAGAUAUAUGAAUGUUUUUAUAUUUACAAUUAGUAUAAUCAAUUGAUAAUCUCUAUAGGCCGAUAAUAAUCAUAAAUUUGAUAUACGUGGCUGUAUAAAAUUUUGUAUGGAUAUUUUAUAAAGCCAAUGUGAUAUUAAAGAAAUGAACGCUUGGGAAUCAA